GCUGGUUGAACUUAAUGAGUGUUCAUGGUUUUUUGGAUACAAGCAAGAGAUGAUUUGCAGUGUCUCUGAACGAAACGUUGGAAUGUUAUAUGGAUAAAAGAUAAAACCAACCAACAAAUACGGUCAAAGACUUGAUCCACGCUGUUAAAAAUAGUUUGCACGUUCCGUAAACUUGAUUUUACAUACAGGCUUUAACACGGAUAUGCAAAUCCUACGUUGGUAAACAAACAACAGAGGAAGUUUAUCUCCUCAUCUGACAGAAAUAUCAUAGCCCUUAUUCAAAUUCAUCCCACUGAAAAAACUAUUUUUUUUCCUGAUAAUGCAUCGCGCAAUUCUGUAAAUCACUAGAAUGUGGUACAUGAUUUUCAAAUAGUCUACUUCUGUCGUUUUUGCUAAUAACGAAGAACGAUGUCAGUUGACUAAACUUGUUUAUAAAACCACAGUAUUCUUCCUAAAGACAUCGGAGAGACUGCUCCCAAAACCUUAAAAAAAAAAAAAAAAAAAAAAAAAAAAAAAAAAAUAGGUCUAAUCUUUAUUAAAGUUGUAUACAAACGUUUGCAAGCACUGAAAUAGCUGGCUACAAAAAUAUGAAUGACUGUUAAACACGAAGCCACUGAUGAAUUUGCGCAGGUAGUGUGUAAAUGCAACUUGACACCGCGCGCGUUUGGAGGAGAGAGUGAAAGUUUUGACAGUGACAUUGUUGGCGGAUCUGCUGAGGACACACGGAGAGCAGUGCACUACUUGAGUCAGUAUGAAUGGUCCCUUUAGUCCCAGGUGGGAACCAGGACCUGACCUCUCAUGUCUGCACCAGUACAACGAAUGGCUGGCGUGUAGGCAUAAGUCCAGUCUACUGCCCAUGAAAGAAGAUCUGGCUAUCUGGCUUAACAGAAUCCUUGGUUUGGAUAUAACAGUUGAUAACUUCAUGGACAGACUAGACACUGGUGUCGUCCUAUGUCAGCUUGCAGAGACGCUACAGGAGAAGAUGAUUCUGGCCAGCAAUGAAAAGCCCUUUAUUCGGCGUGUGAUUCGCUGGCGGCCUGAUGCAGCCUCUGGAUCGUUCUUCGCUCGAGACAAUACAGCUAACUUUCUGUACUGGUGCCGUAAAAUUGGAGUGGAGCAGUCACACCUGUUUGAAUCCGAAGAUCUUGUUCUUCAGAAGCAUCCCAGGGAUGUGUGCUUGUGUCUCAUGCAACUUGCGAGAGUUGCUUCAAGGUAUGGCAUUGAGCCGCCUGCGCUGGUCAAGCUCGAGACAGAGACUGAGAAACAGGAAGAUGAGCCUUUGUCACCAUCCAUGUUCUUCGCCUCACCUCUGCCGUCUCCCUCCACCCCACCUGUUUUUUUCCCUCCUGAUCCAGAGCCCCCUCCAGUCUCAACGCCCUCAUCCAUCUCUCCUCCAUGCCCUCCUCCGAACCCCUCUCCCUCUCCUCCUCUGGCCCCUACCCCUCCCCCAGAGUCCACGUCCAUCUUCUCUGACUCGAACACCCAGUCAGAACCUCAGCAAACUUCACCAAGUACACCGUCACCCAUCAGAACACCCGUCAAAUCAACGCCGCCCUCACCAUCAAACGGCCUUGUGAAGACUAGUGGGAAAAAGAGCAGCGGUAACCUGCUAGAUGUGAUUGUGAGGCAAAUAUCAGAGGAUCCACCAUGCAAAUGUCCAGUCAAAUUCUGCAUUGAGAAGCAGCCAAAAGGCCAUUAUCGUGUUGGAGACAAAGUCCUCUAUGUCAGGAUGCUGAAUGAUAAACAUGCCAUGGUUCGUGUUGGUGGUGGAUGGGAGACGUUUAGUACUUAUUUGUCAAAGCAUGACCCCUGUAAGAUGACUGAGAUCGCUCGGCCUGGAACCAAAAGCUGCAAGCCUAACGGCAGGUCACCAGUCAAGAGAGAGCUGUCCCGUGACAGUUAUCUGGUCGUGGGUACUCAUUCCCGCUUCAAGAAGUAAUGAGGCAGUAAAUGCUACUUCUGUUAAAUCAACAGCAGGCUUUUUUUUCUAGGAGGGAAGCAGCCCAGGUGGCUUGAUCUUUUUUUUUUUUUUUUGUAAUUUAAUUAAUCUUUCUUCAGGGCAGUGGUCUUCAACCUUUAGGGUAGUGACUCAAAAAAUAUAAAGAGGAUGAAAAUGCUUUUAGAAAAAGUGGAAAGAGGGAGAAAACAAAACUAUGCAAGUUAAAAGAAAAUUGCUAACAUAUUCAUAAAAUUGCUUACAUAAAAUUGCUUACAUAUUCAGCCCAAGGCAUGUUAAUGUUGCAUACUAAUGAAUCUAUACAGUACAUGAUUAUAUUAAUACAUUUUAACGUUUAUUUUUAAAGAACAUUCUCUUUACUUUUGUAAGAUACAAUUUUGGUAAUGUGCUGGGUCACCAUUUGAUUUUCAGUGUAAAAUCUCACCUGAAACAAAAUAAUAUUGACCCAUAUGUUUUUUAUAGGGUAUCUCAUACUGUAUCUCCUGGGUUUUGUUUACAGAUAUUAAUAAUUUUUAAUCUUGUCUCUCUUUUUUUUCUUAUGUUAAGUUUUUAAAAACAAAAAGGGCAAGAUCUCUGUUGAAUCAUUUACUUUAUUUUUAUUUUAUUGUAACCUUUAAUUCUGAUUUAUGGGUGUUGUAUGCUGAUUGUUUGACUUUACAAAUACAUUUUAGUAGUGUGUUCUUAAUGAGGGUUUAAAGUGAACAUGUUCCACAAAGAUCCUCUAGGUGGUGCCCCAUUUCAAAUUAUGACCUGUAUUUCAGUACUGCACAUACUGCAAUAUUGCCUUUCUAUGUGAAAAAAUUCGUCUAGAAUAGAAAGUGUAUUAAACAUGACCCACCUGCCUCAUAUGCUUCCAUUCAUGUACUCAGGAUAAUUAUUAUGUAAAAUUUUUUUUACACCAAUCAUGUACUUAGCUCAUUUAGCAACUGAAGCCCAAGUGGGCUAUAACAUUCAAAACUAUUUUAAUAAAAAAACCUGAAUGAAAUAUAAA